GGUACAAUGUGACAGUAAAAUUGUUGUUUUUUGACAAUUUUUAAUAUCUAAAUUAAUUCCAAAUAUCCGAAAUGUAUAAAGGAAUAUCGAGAAUUCUGUCCUGUUACUGUUCAGAAAAAAUUCCGCAGUGUAUAUCUCCAGUUUUUACCUCAGUUUUAACGAAACGUAAAGGACACUUAGGAUAUUUAGGUUAUGUUUUCAAAAGAACGAAAAAACACGAUAGGGGUGGUCUUUCGACAUUGUUUACCCCGGUACCAGUGAAACCAAAUCCAGAUGACAUAAACGUAGGAGAAGAAUUCACAGGAAGACUCAAGAAACAAGAUUUACUAAAAAUUCUCAAUAAAUUUUACCAGAAGCCAGAAGUUAGAUCACUUGCUUCAGAAAAUGGUUUGGAUGACCAAUUAUUGCAUCAGGCCUUUUUAUCUUUUAGGAGGCAUUGUUUAGAACAUGAUUUGCCUCCUGAUUUACAUAUAAUUAUAAGUGAUAUAUUGCAUGGUGCGGGACAUGUAGAUGAUUUGUUUCCAUACUUCCUUCGACACGCCAGAUUAGCGUUCCCACAUUUGGACUGCCUAGAUGAUUUAAAAAAAAUAUCCGACUUAAGGACACCAGCCAAUUGGUAUCCACAGGCUCGUCAUUUGAAUAGAAAGAUAGUCUUUCAUGCUGGACCUACAAAUUCUGGAAAAACUUAUCAUGCUAUGCAGCGAUUUCUUACUGCAAAAUCAGGGGUGUAUUGUGGACCAUUGAAACUACUAGCAACAGAAAUAUAUCACAAAUCCAAUAGUAAAGGUACACCAUGUGAUUUAAUUACUGGAGAGGAAAGGCGGCAUGCAACACAAUAUCAAACACUAACGGAAAAUCUGGAAACUGAUACUAGUAGCGAGACUGAAAAUUAUUUAUUAAGUGAACCAGAACUAAUACCAUCUAGUCAUGUGGCCUGUACAGUUGAGAUGACCUCGCUAAAUGAAACAUAUGAAGUGGCAAUUAUCGAUGAAAUUCAGAUGAUAGGAGAUAGAAGUAGAGGUUGGGCUUGGACUAGAGCUGUUUUAGGAUUGCAAGCUGAUGAAAUUCAUUUGUGUGGUGAAGCUGGUGCUAUAAAUCUUAUUGAAGAAAUUUGCUACACUACUGGUGAAGAAAUAGAGGUGCGCACAUACAAAAGGUUAACCGAACUGAAAGUGGAGGACAGUGCGUUGGGAUCAUUAGACAAUGUACGCCCCGGAGAUUGCAUUGUAUGUUUUAAUAAGAAUGACAUAUACAGUGUUAGCAGAGCCAUUGAACAGAGGGGUCAUGAAGUAGCAGUUAUAUACGGCAGUUUGCCUCCUGGUACUAAAUUAGCGCAGGCCAACAAGUUCAACGAUCCGGAUAGUUCUUGUAAAGUUAUGGUUGCUACAGAUGCUAUCGGUCUUGGCAUUAAUUUGAGUAUACGGCGGAUAAUAUUCUAUUCCUUAAUAAAACCCGUGGUAAAUGAAGAUGGUGACAAAGAAAUGGAUAUAAUCAGUAUAUCACAAGCUUUGCAAAUUGCAGGUAGAGCUGGCAGAUACGGCAGCGCGUGGGAGACAGGAUAUGUGACUACAUACAGACCGGAAGACCUGGCAACAUUGAAGACAUUGCUCUCCAAAUCCUCGGACCCUGUGACACAAGCAGGGUUAUAUCCGACUGCGGAGCAGAUGGAGUUGUACGCUUAUCAUCUACCUCAUGCCAGUCUUAGUAGUUUAAUGGAUAUCUUCGUACACUUAUGCACUGUUGAUGACUCUUUGUACUUCAUGUGCAAUACGGAGGCGUUCAAGUUCCUGGCGGAGAUGAUCCAGCAUGUACCAUUGCCGCUGCGCGCCCGCUACGUCUUCUGCUGCGCUCCCAUCAACAACAAGCUGCCCUUCGUCUGCGCCACAUUCCUCAAGAUGGUUCGUCAGUACAGUCGCAAUGAACCCAUCACAAAGAACUGGCUGAGCAAUGCAGUAGACUGGCCCGUACCCUCUCCAAAGACCAUCAUGGACCUCGUGCACUUGGAAGCAGUCUUCGAUGUGCUGGAACUUUAUCUAUGGCUGAGUUAUAGAUUCCCUGACAUGUUCCCAGAUGUCAAAUUAGUUCGUGAUAUGGAAAUGGAGUUAGAUUCUAUAAUACAACAGGGAAUCUUCCAAAUAACAAGAUUAUUAAGAAAUUCAGAACAAGUAUUAAAAGAUGGUCAGUCGAGUGAGGAGUUGUACGGACGGGGCAAGAAAUCAACGAGAAUGGGACAUUCGCAAACGAAAGGGGACGAGUCCAAAGGAAAACUUUCUGAAAUGCUAGUGGCUAAGGGUCUGAUCACACCACAAAUGUUGAAGAAACUUCAACAAGAACUGUCCACAGACAACACGGAGCGGGGCAGAAAGAAAACUAACACGAGAAAUAGAAGAAAAUAAAUACAAUUGUACAAUGCUUGUUUCAGAAUAUUUGAUUACGAUGGUGUGCAAAAUAUCUUGGCUUUUAAAGAUGAGCCUGUAACGAUACAAUGUCAGGCGGAUAUGCCGAUAUCUUACUGUGGAUUCGUUCAUCCUAGUGGUAAAAGAUUUUCAUCAAGUUCGGUAACUAACGCUAAAUGCGAAGUGAAGAUUAAAGUAAGCGAUACGGAUGUGGGAGAAUGGAAGUGUCAUAUCGGUGUCCAGUCGGUGAGGGUCGAGAUGAUGAAGAGAAUCGAGGUGCGGGUGGUAGCAGAAAUGGCGGCUGUCCAGGCUAAUGUAACUUCUCUGCACGGCAAGCCCGUCACACUCGCCUGUGUCACUACCAAGGGUCUGGUGCCAUUGAGUUAUUGCCGCUUCGAACCACCUAAUGGUAGCCCGUUUAGUAUUGAUGCAUCAGUUAAUGCUACUAAUCCCAUAUUGAAUAAAUAUUAUUUCCCUGCCAACAAGAGCUUGGACCGUGGGGACUGCGCUGUCACUAUACGUAAAGUGAGGUACGAGGAUGUGGGGGAGUGGACUUGCGGUGCGGGCUUCGAUAACGGCCAGGAACAUAUCGCUCAAAUAACUGUUGACGUCGAAGGACUUUAUACAAUGUCAACAGCAUCGGUAACCGGCAUCACAGUUGGCGGUAUCCUGAUUGCUGGUAUAAUCGGGAUCUUAGGAUACGUCGCGUGGAAGAGACGUUGGGUGUUGGGUAGUCGUCGUGAAGAAGUCGAGGAGAUAGAGGUGCAGGAGAUGGGACCACAGAACCCUGAAGCUACUACUCCUCAAAGCAGAAGAGUACCAAUCAUAACUGUACAGUCUCCGUCUACCACAGGAAGAUCGGAGUCUACAUCUCCAUAGUAACCUAAGAUAACCAUGGCACACUUUGAAAGAUAACAAAGAUAAUAUUUUAAAGCAAGUGUUACCACAGUCAAAUAUCAUUAAUUUAUAUCACAAUACUUGCAGUACAUAGUG